GCGAGUGCGGACGCGUUUGGCGGGACAAAGUCGAAAGAGAAGCGCUGUAAACAAACCCAAGUAGUUGUGGUCCGUGAUUGCACCAGAGUGUCGCGAGUGUCCAGUGUCCAGUGUCCGGUGUCCGGUGUCCGUGUGUGCCUGGCCAACUCCAUAUGUGUGUAGAUUAACUAAUCGUUGAGGAUAUCCAAAGCGAAAGCGGCAUGCCGGAAAUCAUCGAGCUGAAUGUCGGCGGCGUGAGCUACACCACCACGCUGGCCACGCUGCUGCAGGACAAGAGCACGCUGCUGGCCGAGCUUUUUGGCGAGGGGCGCGAUUCCCUGGCCAAGGACAGCAAGGGUCGCUACUUCCUGGACCGCGACGGUGUCCUCUUCCGCUACAUCCUGGACUUCCUGCGCGACAAGGCACUGCAUCUGCCGGAGGGAUUCCGCGAACGCCAGCGGCUGCUUCGCGAGGCGGAGCACUUCAAGCUAACGGCCAUGCUGGAGAGCAUCCGUGGUGAACGGGAUGCCCGACCGCCAGGCUGCAUCACGAUCGGCUACCGUGGCAGCUUCCAGUUCGGCAAGGACGGACUGGCCGACGUCAAGUUCCGGAAACUGUCGCGCAUCCUGGUCUGCGGCCGUGUGGCCCAGUGCCGCGAGGUCUUCGGCGACACGCUGAACGAGUCCCGGGAUCCGGAUCAUGGCGGCCCGGACCGCUACACCUCGCGUUUCUUCCUGAAGCACUGCUUUAUUGAGCAGGCCUUCGACAAUCUGCACGAUCAUGGAUACCGCAUGGCCGGCAGCUGUGGAUCGGGCACCGCUGGAUCUGCGGCGGAGCCCAAGCCGGGCGUGGACACGGAGGAGAAUCGCUGGAAUCACUACAACGAGUUCGUCUUCAUCCGGGAUUAAGGCCGCAGGGGAAGCACUCGAGACCACAACAACCACCCACCCACCCACCACCACCACAACCACCUCCCAAUCCAGCUCUGUAUCCCCAUGUUUCGUUCAGUGUUCCAAGUACUCUACGGGAUCCAGCCGGGAUCAGGAGGUCGCGCAGAAUACAACGGUUUGAGUUAUAAACCCACCUCUCUCAAUAUACAAAUGGGAACAUUUUAAAUGUACAAUCCGCACCACACAAGGUCUAGAAAAUUGUUGUUGACUUAGAUAACCUAAUGAGGCCAGAGCAGAGCACAUAAACAUCUGCUAAUUUGACUUCUCCCCCGUUGCAUUUUCCCACUAAUUGAAUACUUUGCGCUGCGAGUUAAACUAUAAAUCUGGGGGGCCAUCAAAUUGGAUAUUCCAGGCGGACUCUUUGAUGAAUAGAAGACGAAUUCGGAUUUACUAGCUGACAAACAAGUGAAAACAAAUUGGCCAGAGCGGGUAACUAAAACAAAGCGAACAUUUUAUUAGCCCCAGAGCAGAGUAAACAUGAGGCAGUGGAGAACACUAAACAGAUCCGAAUCGAUGAAAUAUAUUCAAACGAAUUAAGCAAGAGAGAAACUACAAAUGGGAGACCUCCACCAAGACCAAGAUGGAUAAACACUUAUUCUGUGGUCAAUCAAUCACACUAAAAUCACACUGAACAAUUUGAAAUACGGGUUACUCUUUGAAAAAACAACUAAACUAACGAAAUACUGUAGCAGCAGAUACCACAAGCAACCAAACUCAAGCUCUCCAGUAGGGGCAAGGCAGCGAUGCCACGUUUAAAGUUUUAUUAGUCUUAUAAAAGUCGAAACUUGAAGUAAAGAAUAUACAUAAAUGUAGAAAAUAGGAAGCGGCAGACAGCAGGUGGCCGGGAUAUAUAAGCCCGCAAUCCAUAAAACUCGAACCCAAAUCGAUAUUAGAAAUACAUUACUAUACAAACAACAGCGGCUGUCAUAAGAUAUGCCCUUUUGCAAAAAACUCUUGAGUCUCUGACAAGGCAGAAAUACAUUUAUGACCGCCACAUUUGGCAAGAUAGUUUUUGAGAGCGAUAAAAUCUGGUCCUAAAAACUCUACAAGAUUUAAUAGAAAAUAGUUCAACCCGUGCAGCAAUUACCAUUCAUAUUCCCCACUCACUAACAAUCUCACUCACACUCAUCAUUUGUCAAUGCAAAGGGCGAGAAAACUACCUGAAUUCGAUUCCGAUUUUUUAGUGAGAGCUGUAAUGAGAAAUGCCAAAAACCAAAUGGUCACAAGGACUUCCAAAAACUCGACACAUACAAAACUAAAUUUGCUGAACUUUAGAGCUCUGUUAUUAUUGAUUUUUUGUUCGCAUUGGGAGCGGAUUCAUUGAAACGUUUUUCGCUGACAUAUCUGGCAUCGCAUUUUCCACAUUUCCGCAGGUUUGUUAUUGAAUCCGUGUCCGUAUCCGUGUCCGUGUCCGCGAACACGAACUCGAACAUUUAUAUUGCAUAAAACGGCACUAGGAUUGUGGGAAAUCUGAAAUGAAAAUGCCGAUACAAAACACUCAUGAAAUACACGAGAACACAUUGUAUAAAACUAUAAAUUCCUUAAAUCGUGUGUAAAGAGGCGAGUUGCAUAUGUAGUCAUCAACAAUAACGCGGAAAAAAAAACUAUUAAACUCCAUUAUAUACUGACUCCGGUCUCUUACACAGAUAAUAUAUAUGAAUCGAUAUAUACAUAUAUCUUUAUAUACCUAAUUAAAUAUUAAAACAAUUGUCGAUAUUGAAAGUAUCUUAUAAAUGUUUAGUAUUAUAUGUAAUUGAAUCCGAACGGAGACGGCAGUGGCGAAGGUAUUGUAUCAUUAAUUAAAUUAAACUGAAACUAAUUUAAAUUAACUAAACGAAAUGUAAAAUGUAUUUAGAGAAGCGCAAAAGUAAAACUGCUAAAAUAGCCUAUCAAAGUGCGACUAAGCAAACAUAUAUAUGUAUGUAAAGAGGUACAACUUGCGGAAAGCGAAAACCCAGCAAUAAAUUAAAGAAACCCAAAAGCCA